AUGAAGAAGGGUGAGACUGUUGCUGGACGAGAGAAGAACCCUAAUGAGAGAUUAUGGCUGCCAUUGAUGAUUGAGAUGGAGAAGUUUUUGCUGUUGAUUGUUACUGUUGUGAGCAAGCACAGGGAAGAAGAGAUGUUGACGUUGCUAAUUACUUCACAAUUACAGUUGUGCGGUGACACGGUCACAGAAGAGUCUAAGCUGGAGAGAACUUUCAGUACGUUCCAUUUGUCUCAGAUCGUACUUCAACAACAAUAUCGUGACCGUCGUUUCACUCGAUAUUCAGAGUUGAUUGGUGUCCUUCUCCUAGCGGAACAAAUUAAUGAACUGCUGGUGAAAAAUCAUGAAUCUCGUCCUUGUGGUUCUGCUCCUGUGACAGAAGUAAAUGAAACAUCUUACUCCGGACAUGGAUGCGACUCUGGUAAACGUGGUUCUUGUGGAAAAAAGAAUAAACGCGGAGGUCGAAAGAACAAAAAUAUUCGUGGUAAUCCGUAUAAAACGGAACAUGGUACGGAUGCGAAACAAGCAAAAGGGAAGGAAUUAGCUGUCAAUCCUUCCAAGAAAACUGACAAAUCAGCAUUGCUUUCGCUAUGGUCGUAA